AUGGAGGCCUUCUACCUCCACCUUCUCCGCUCCUGCGCGGCGCUACCGCACGUCGCGGCAGUGCACGCCCACCUUGCGCGCGCGCACCCAAACGCCUCUCUCUUCCUCCGCAACUGCCUCCUGGCCUCCUACUGCCGCCUCGGGGUUGGGGCCCCACUCCACGCCGCCCGCCUGCUCGACGAAAUGCCCCGCCGCAACGCCGUCUCCUACAACCUCGUCAUCGUCGCCUAUUCCCGCGCGGGACUCCCGGCCCUCUCCCUGGCGACGUUCGCGCGCGCGCGGGCGUGGGCCAGGGUGGUCGACCGGUUCACGUACGCCGCGGCGCUCGCCGCGUGCUCUCGGGCGCUCGACGUGAGGACGGGGAAGGCCGUGCACGCCAUGGUCGUCCUGGGAGGUCUCGGCAACGGGUUGUUCCUGUCCAACUCGGUCGCCAGCAUGUACGCCAGGUGCGGCGAGAUGGGCGAGGCCAGGCGCGUGUUUGAUGCAGCCGAGGAGCGUGACGACGUCUCGUGGAACGCGCUGCUCUCCGGGUACGUCCGUGCCGGUGCACGUGAGGAGACGCUGGAGGUGUUCUCUCUGAUGUGCCGGCAUGGUCUGGGGUGGAACUCGUUCGCGCUUGGGAGCAUCAUCAAGUGCUGUGCCUCCUCCUCUUCUUAUGCUGCUGCUGGUGAUGUCGGAGGAGGGCGCAUCGCUGAGGCGGUUCAUGGGUGCGUGGUGAAGGCUGGACUGGACGCCGACCUGUUCCUCGCGAGCGCAAUGAUCGACAUGUACGCUAAGAGAGGCGCCUUGACCAACGCGGUUGCUCUUUUCAAGUCAGUGCCAGACCCGAAUGUGAUUGUUUUAAAUGCGAUGAUUGCAGGAUUCUGUCGUGAGGAAGCAGCCGACGUCGCUAGAGAAGCUUUGGGCCUGUAUUCAGAGCUGCAGAGCCGAGGGAUGCAGCCUUCUGAGUUCUCAUUCUCAAGUAUCCUGCGUGCAUGUAACCUGGCCGGUGAAUUUGGAUUCGGGAAACAGAUACAUGGCCAAGUGCUCAAGCACAGCUUCCAAGGCGAUGUCUAUAUCGGGAGCGCACUCAUUGACUUGUACUCUGGCUCUGGUUGCAUGGAGGACGGAUACAGGUGUUUCAGAUCCCUGCCUAAGCAGGACGUCGUCAUCUGGACGUCAGUGAUUUCAGGGUGCGUUCAGAACGAGCUUUUUGAGGAGGCACUGAGGCUGUUCCAAGAAUCAGUACGCUGUGGACUGAGACCUGAUGUUUUCGCGAUGUCGAGCGUGAUGAACGCAUGUGCCAGUUUAGCUGUUGCAAGGACCGGUGAGCAGAUCCAGUGCCUUGCUGUAAAGUCUGGCUUUAACCGCUUCACCGCCAUGGGGAAUUCCUUCAUACACAUGUGUGCUAGGUCAGGGGAUGUUGAUGCUGCCACCCGGAGGUUUCAGGAGAUGGAAUCGCGUGAUGUUGUCUCUUGGUCCGCGGUGAUAUCAAGCCACGCGCACCAUGGCUGUGCAAGGGAUGCUUUAUGCGUUUUCAAUGAAAUGCUGGAUGCGAAGGUGGCACCGCCUAACGAGAUCACUUUUCUCAGCAUCCUUACUGCAUGUAGUCAUGGAGGAUUGGUUGAUGAGGGACUCAGGUAUUAUGGAAUUAUGAAUGAUGAAUAUGGAUUGAGCCCAACCAUAAAGCAUUGCACCUGUGUUGUUGAUCUUCUUGGACGAGCCGGGAGGUUAGCCGAUGCUGAGGCUUUCAUAAGGGAUUCAGCAUUCCAUGACGAUGCUGUGGUCUGGCGGUCUUUGCUGGCCUCGUGUCGUAUCCACGGAGACAUGGAGAGAGGCCAACUUGUGGCGGACAAGAUAAUGGAUCUGGAGCCCACUUCCUCAGCAUCCUACGUAAUUCUCUACAACAUGUAUCUGGAUGCUGGCGAGCUGUCCUCGGCUUCAAAGACUCGAGAUCUGAUGAAAGAGCGAGGCGUGAAGAAAGAGCCUGGUCUUAGUUGGAUCGAGCUGAGCUCUGGAGUUCACUCUUUUGUUGCCGGUGACAAGUCCCAUCCAGAGAGCAAAGCAAUAUACAGAAAAGUGGCAGAGAUGGUUUCCAAGGUGGCGGGCAUCUCUAGCAGGGAGCAGGAUUUGGCGGGUUGCCACAGCGAAAAACUAGCUGUGGCAUUUGGAAUGAUCCAUUUGCCGCAAUCAGCUCCGAUCCGAGUGAUGAAGAACCUGAGAGUUUGCCGUGACUGCCACUCGACCAUGGAGCUGAUAUCCAAGAGUGAGAGGAGAGAGAUAAUCUUGCGAGACGCGAUUCGCUUCCAUCGCUUCAGAGACGGUUCCUGUUCCUGUGGCGGUUACUGGUGAUGAUGA